AACUGCAGAUAGGUCUUCCGUCAAACUGUUUUCUUUGUUCUCGGUGCAUGGUCGCAUCUUCCAUCAGCUACCGUCUUUGAUGUUCCCGCAUGCGUCUGACUUCCGCUUUCGUGUUCACUGGCCUCCAGCACAUUUUGUAUAUCAUCUUUGUCUUGAUGUCUUCUCUUCUGUCUUCUUUGCUCUACAUCAUCUUACAUUUCAUCCCACCAUCGCCCUGUUCUCCGCCACUUCCUCGGUUUCCCAACCGCAAUCAUGACUUAUUCAAGAUAUGCACCGUAUGGAAGGGUGUAUCGCCCUGCGAAUCAAUGGCCAGAAGGCUCACUCGAAAAGAGACUAGCUACGCAGAUGGCCACUCAAUUGAACAAUGGUGCCGCUUGCCUCCUGAUGUACAAGUACCCCGGUACAACCUACUUUGACGACAUCCGCGAUUGGGAUGGUGAUGCCUCCUACCGCAUUGUCACUCCCUCACGAUCUAAUCCUGGAUCUGACACCGAAUUUUCUGUGACGGGUCAGGCGAAACCCUCGCCCGAAUCUUCGGCCGUCCUGAAACCAACUCAAGAAGAGAUUGAGGGCAUCUACGACAAAAAGCUUGUUGGACGAUUUGCUAACGGUGAACUGUUCACAAUCCCCGAAGCCGAAGAAACUGGUGCUAUUCCGGUCGUCGACAUCCAAGACCCUAACCAUUACUUCUACUAUGUGCCCGCCUUCUUCGAGCGUCUCACCAACGACGAAAGAUUUUUCCAAAGCACGCCUACUUUUAUCGCCAUGAACAAGGGCGAGAUGCCUAGCUUUGUGUUUUGGCAGCGCAGUGAUAAAUGGCAGCGAUACCAACACAAAUCUACCGACCCAGUCGUCGAUGCCGAGCUUCCCGAGCCAAAUCCCGCCACACCACGAAGCGCCUCGAAGUCUCCUGGAAAACAAGCUGCUACGCCACGGAAAGAUUCGAUGUCCCCUGAAGCAAAGGCCAACACACAGGACGACAGGGCUGUACGAUCCCGUGCCCCGUCACCCCAAGAACGUUCUUCUGCACUCGCCGUCAACACCGAGGCAGCUACUCAAGUGUCGAAGAAGCCCGAGGCAGAGGCUGAACUGCAAUGGGAGAUCUUUGACCCUCGACUCGAAGAGGAUCCCAUCGAGUUCUUGGACUUUUACAACACUCGCCUAAAUGGUUGGCAUGCAAACAGAUCUAGAAUGAUGUUGCGCGAAGCUGACAUCGAACGCGUCAACUAUAUCAGUCCUUGUCUUGCACACAACCACAAAGAAGUUGUCAAGAACAUCACAGCAGAGACCGUCACUGCCUCCGCUCCCGCUACCGCUCCCGCAAUUGCGCCAUCACCCACCGCUAUGGACAUCGACUCAACCACUGAUACUGUUCCCAAGCCGCCUUCUAAGCCUUGGAGCCAACCUGCACCGAUUUCCCAUGACGAUCCCCACUGGUUAGGAUUCCUUCGAAAGCAAAAACAGCGUAGAGAUGUCAGAAAGUCUCGUCUUCGCCCCAAGUCUGUUUUCACCUCCGAACACUGCAACACCCCUGGUGUCACGAAGGGUGACGGCAAGAAGGCAUUCCUGAGUCGUGAGAUGUACAACAACUAUUACAGACGUGCAUGCAAGGCCCAGAGACUGAACGAAGGACUCUCCAAGUGCUGUGUCGCUUGUGGUCUCAAGUGGACCAGCUGCACCGAGUCAAGACAAGAACACUAUAACCGUCAUCGCCAUGAGAGGUUGUUGUAUUACAAGAACAUCAAGAAUGUCCCCAUCCAUAUCGAGCCAGUGAUUCGUGCGGAGUCAUUGGACCCGUCAAAGGUUACAUUUGUCAGGCAUGUUCCCGAUCUCAACUGGUUCAGAGAAUUGGAGAAGGUCACCCUGGACAACGAGAACGAGCUGCUCCAGCGUGAGCAUAUUUGCCGUGUCUGCGACAAAGUCAUCGACCUUACUGACGAGGAUCCUGCCGUCCAUUACUACGGACAUCAGUGCGAACGCGACGGUUUGCGCAAGUGGCAAGACAACGAGGUACAAAACCCACUGUCUCCCGUCAUUGUGACGACAGUCGAAGGAUCCUUCCAAGUCCCUACCCAAUCUCCACCCGCUCGAUCCCACAAGGGAUUUUCGCCCAAUGCGGACUUUAUGCGUCGACACGAUGAAAUUACCAAGGCUCAAGCCGCAGCACUGUCCGGUAACUUGUCAGCUGCUGCCAAGGCGAUUCAAAGGACCGGAACCGUCACGUCUUCGGUGAAACCUGUGGGAUCUCUGGCGACUGUGCAAUCCAAGAGAGUUGAGAACAAGACGCAACAGGGCGAGACCGAGCCCCUGCAGGCCAAUACCCAUGCGCAGAAGGUCACAGACUACCUCAACGAGCGUUCCGUUCAUGCAAAAAAGGCCGAUAUUCCCCUUCUGCCAAAGCCCCCUGCCAAAUCACCUGCGAAUGAUAGUAUGGAAGUUGACUUCAUCUAUGAAGACAGCGAAGUCGCACAGUCCCCUCAGGAAGAGGUCGAUGACAUGGUCGUCGCAUCUACCGAAGCUGUGGACGAGCAGGUCAACCUCGAUGCCCAAGAGAUCAGCGAUGAGAUUCUCAGAGAGGCCCCCAUGAUGCCUACUGUAUUGAUCUCGGAUGUGAUCGGGUUGGUCUCUGAAAUGGUCGAGGAGUGCCUUAAAGCCCCUGAUGAGCUCGACAUUGGUGGAUUGUCUCACAAGGACUACAUCAAACAGGGUAUCUUCGGAUACAUUGAGAAGGAACUCGCCAAGAAAUCUUCUUCUACUACCUCCGCAUCUUUCAAGAGCGCACCUUCUCAGCAGGCUGGUUCUACUCCUGCCUAUGUUCCCAAGACACCAGCUCCUACCUCUGCAUCUGUUCCCAAAGCAUCGCCACCUACCAAAGUGCCCGAAAUUGCAACCGAGGACACGGAUGCAGUAGAGGAUGAGGAUAGUAUGUCAGACUCAUGGGACGAAUCACUUGUGCCCGUCAAAAAUGACGGCCUUGAUAUCACACCCAAUGAAAUAAACAUGCAGGAGUUUCUGGACCUCGCCCUCAACUCGGGCUGUUCAGAGAAGAGCGUCGUUCUUGCCAACGCCGAUAGCGAAGAUGUGUGUAGAGAUCUGGUCGAUGAAUAUCGCGCAUCGGGCAAGAAGCCUACACCCAGGGUUAAGCGAUCCAUCAUCGCCAAGGUCCAGGCGCAUCUCAAGGAGGCUCUUGCGCACGAGCUGAUCCGCCAAUGCGCCAAGAACGAGACUGAGACUGAGGCUGAGGCUGAGGCUGAGGCUGAGGUUGAGGUUGAGGUUGAGGUUGAGGCUGACGCUGAGCCCAGCAGUGGCCCUGACGAUAUCGAUUCAAAGCCCAUCUCACAAACUCGAGGUGAUUGCCUUGACUUCCUCUUUGGAGAUCUCGGAGUCUCUGAGGCACUGGAGCAAGCAGCAUUCGAAGAGGGAGCCGGACUGGCUUUCUUCGAGGCCACUGUACAUCGCGCUGCCGAGUUGUGCUAUGACAUGGUUGAAGAGGCUCGUGAGUCAAGUUCUAAAGACAAACCUGCUGUCGUAAGACGUAGUAUCAUCAAGGAGGUUCAGAAUUUUGUCAAGGCAGAGAUCGAGAAGGUCUCGAGCAGCUCUGAGCUUGGUAGCAAGUGGUCGACUGAGGCUGUCGCUAGCAGUGCUCCUGUCGUAUCGCCACAGUCUGCUUCUGCCCCUACUUUCGAGAACUAUGGUCGUAUCUUGAGAGGUUCCGACCCCGCCCUCUAUUCCUUGUGGAACGAAGCCUAUGAGUGGGGAUGCGGACCGAACAAUCUGGCAGCCUACCGAUCAGAAGCUUUGGAUGUGGUCAAAAACCUGAUCACCGCUUCUCGCAAAUCGGGCAUACCACUUUCAUCGGAGGAUAAGGAGUCUGCUCGACAGAAGGCUUUGGCGCUUUUUAAAUUGAGAAUCAGCACGGAGAAGGACUGCAGAACGGCAAGUGGACAGAGAUUGUAUAGUUCUCGUGAGAUUCCGCUGCAACCUGCCUCAGCCCCUGCUUCCAAUGGUCUCGACAUGAGUUACGGCGACCCAGACAUCAAAUCCUUGUUUGAUGAAGCCACCGAGUGGGGUUGCGAAAUGACCACUCUGGUAGAACUCGCAUCGGAAGCUUUGGAUACUGGUCACGAGAUGAUUAAGGCUAUCCGCUCAACCGGCGGAACUCUUACACCAAAGCUCAAAGAGGCUAUCCAAGACGAGGUUGUGCAGCAUCUCGAGUCGGCCAUUGAGAAAGAGAAGCGUCUGAGACUUACCAAGGAGUCCGACGCCGCCAGCACGAAGACGCUGAAGCGCAAGCGUGCCACCACUCUCCCCAUCACUCCCGUCUCCAACCGCAAGACCAAGAGCACCCGCGACGUAGAUGCCACUUUCCACCCCGACACCCCUGCCCCCUUCGUCUCUGAUGAGGUAUCCCCUCGCCUGCGCAAAGUAUCCCGCAAGAGCGCAGAUCCGCUCACAAAGAAGACUGAAGCCAAGAAGAGCAAGACUGUCCGAUACGAACCCCAAGUCGUCAUCAGCAAAAAGACCACACCCAAGAGCAUCAUCAGCAAAAAAGCUUCCACCAAGACUGUUCCAAAGUCCACUACCAAGAAAGCCGCUGCUGCUGCCAGCUCUUCAGAGCCAAGACCCAAGCGCAAGGCUGCUGUCGAGGCAGAGAAGAGUUUUGGAAAGACGAAGAUUGUGGAUUAGAAUUGAUUCAAGAGGGAUGAAAUAGUAAUGAGGAGGAGGAUGAAGUUGUAGAAUGAUGCAUUUCUUCUGUUUAUGCAUGUUUUGUUCUUUGGAUGAUUGGGAUUGGCGUUUUCU